CUUUAACACCAAAGUGGGUAUAAAACUCCAAGAUCUUCAAACUCCUCCCUACCUGUCUCACUCACAAGACAAAAUUCACAGUAAUCUCUCCAUAAAUUUUCAUCUUUUACGUAAAUUUUCAUUAGCUGAUUCGAACUCUUUUAAGUUUUUUUGUGGUGAAGUGUUUAAAGAUGACGGUGCUAGUUAAGAUUAGUGUUAACGAUGGCAACUUGGUUGUUCAUGGAAAGACCAUACUGAGAGGGGUGCCAGACAACAUUCAACUUGUCCCGAGUUCCGACAAUAGCCUUGUCACUGGUGCAUUUGUUGGUGCCACUGCUUCCAACAGUAAAAGUCUCCAUGUCUUUCCCAUGGGUGUUCUAGACGGAUUACGGUUCAUGUGUUGUUUCCGGUUCAAGUUAUGGUGGAUGACCCAGAGGAUGGGAAAAUGUGGAAGGGAUGUCCCCCUUGAGACACAAUUUAUGCUCAUUGAGAGCAAUGACAGUGAGAUUGACGAAGACAAUUCUGCAACAAUCUACAUUGUUAUGCUUCCUCUCCUUGAAGGCCAAUUCCGUGCCGUCCUGCAAGGCAACGACAAGAACGAGCUGGAGAUUUGUUUGGAAAGUGGAGACAAGGAUGUUGUUACCAGGCAAGGCCUUAACCUUGUCUACAUCCAUGCUGGAACCAACCCCUUCGAAGUUAUCAAUCAGGCUGUGAAGGCCGUGGAAAACCGCAUGCAAACUUUCUCUCAUCGCGAGAAGAAAAGGUUGCCAUCUUUUGUUGACUGGUUUGGCUGGUGUACAUGGGAUGCUUUCUAUACUGAUGUUACUGCCGAGGGUGUUGAAGAAGGCCUGAAAAGUCUAUCAGAAGGAGGUACACCGCCACGGUUCAUCAUCAUAGAUGACGGUUGGCAACAGAUUGAAAGUAAACCAAACGAAGCUGAUGAUUGCGUCGUACAAGAAGGAGCACAGUUUGCUACUAGGUUGACUGGUAUAAAAGAAAAUGCUAAAUUCCAAAAGAAGAAUGAACAGAACAAUGAACAAGACUUAGGCCUGAAGCAUGUUGUAGAUGAAGCAAAGAAAAAUUACAACGUGAAAAAUGUUUAUGUAUGGCAUGCUCUAGCUGGUUAUUGGGGUGGAGUGAAGCCAGCGGCAGAAGGGAUGGAGCACUAUGAAUCUGCAUUGGCCUAUCCAGUACAGUCUCCCGGCAUACUCGGGAACCAACCCGACAUCGUCAUGGACAGCCUAGCUGUCCAUGGCCUUGGUCUAGUGCACCCAAAGAAGGUCUUCGAUUUCUACAAUGAGCUCCAUGCUUACUUGGCUUCAUGUGGAGUAGAUGGAGUAAAGGUUGAUGUUCAGAACAUCAUUGAGACCCUUGGUGCUGGACACGGCGGCAGAGUCAUGCUCACACGCAGCUAUCAUCAUGCACUCGAGGCUUCAAUUGCUCAUAACUUUCCUGAUAAUGGAUGCAUCGCUUGUAUGUGUCACAACACUGAUAGCCUCUAUAGUUCUAAGCAGACUGCUGUUGUGAGAGCAUCGGAUGAUUUUUACCCGCAUGAUCCGGCCUCUCAUACCAUCCACGUUUCAUCUGUAGCAUACAACACACUUUUCCUCGGAGAAUUCAUGCAGCCAGACUGGGACAUGUUUCAGAGUUUACAUCCAGCAGCCGAGUAUCACGCCGCAGCUCGCGCAAUCGGUGGAUGUCCAAUCUAUGUUAGUGACAAGCCAGGCAACCACAACUUUGAUCUUCUUAAGAAGCUGGUUCUCCCUGAUGGUUCAGUUCUCCGUGCUCAGUUACCCGGAAGGCCCACCCUCGAUUGCCUCUUCGCCGAUCCUGCAAGAGAUGGGACGAGCUUACUCAAAAUAUGGAACUUGAACAAAUACUCUGGAGUAGUGGGUGCAUUUAACUGCCAAGGUGCUGGAUGGUGUAAGGUAGAGAAGAGAAUCCGCAUCCAUGAUGCAUCUCCUGGCACUCUCUCCAGCUCCGUUGGUGCCUCUGAUGUCGAUCUCAUAGCUCAAGUCGCCGGUCCUGGUUGGCGUGGCGAUGUUAUUGCCUAUGCUUACAGAUCAGGUGACAUAAUUCGGCUAUCAAAUGGUGCUUCAGUUCCGGUGAUAUUAAAUGUUCUGGAGUAUGAGCUGUUCCAUUUCUGUCCUGUGGAGGAAAUUACCUCAAGUAUCUCGUUUGCAGCAAUAGGACUUCUGGACAUGUUCAACACUGGAGGAGCUGUGGAGCAAGUUGAAAUCCAUAAAGUUUCUGAGAACAACAUGGAACUAUAUGAUGAUGAGGCUUCAUCUGAAGUGACCAAUGAUCCGAGUUCUAACCGAUCAGCAGCAGCAACUAUUUCUCUGAAAGUGAGGGGAAGUGGGAGAUUUGGUGUAUACUCCUCUCAACGGCCAUUAAAGUGCACCGUCAGCGAAGCCAAAACCGAGUUCAAGUAUGACUUGGAUACUGGAUUGACAACAUUUUCUAUCCCAGUUCCUGAUGAGGAAAUGUAUAGAUGGCCAAUACAGAUCCAAGUUUGAGUCACUAAAUUUAUUGGUGCACUGAAAUAUACUUACAACAGGGGAUCUAUAUAUUUCCCUUGACCAUAACACAUCUUCAUCAACUGAUAUUAUUCUAAAUUACAUCCAUCACAAGUACAAAUUCCAUCACAACAAGUACACAAAUUUGUUUGUGUGGAUGGUUAGUUAUUGUUACAAUAUAUAACAUAAUCUAAAUUCACCACUUCAUACAACUAGCACAAAUUUUAAUCACUUAACCUACCAAUGCUAAUGGUAACUUCAAUACCAAAUUUUUUACUUUUUGACGCAUUAAAAAAUACAGAUCUAAUUCUUUUAAUGCUAAUAAUAAUUUCAAGAGAAUUAGAUCUAAUUCUCUUCGCAAAUUUGAUGUUAAAGUUACCAUUAGCAUUAAAAGAAUUAAAUCUAUAUUUUUCAAUGCACCAAAAAAUGAAGAAUUUGAUGUUAAAUUUUUCAAUGCACCAAAAAAUGAAGAAUUUGAUGUUAAAGUUACCAUUAAUAUUAAUGGAUUGGGUGAUUAGAAUGUAUGCUAAUUACAUAGGAUGGUGAAUAUAAGAUGGUGAAUUUAGGUUAUGUUGUAUGUUGUAACAAUAACUAACUAUUUACACAAAUGUUUGUGUACUUAUUGUGAUGGAUGCAGCUGAGAAUAAGAUAAGUUGAUGAAUAUGUGCUAUGGUGAAGGGGAAUAUAUAGAUCCCCUCAAGAAUGUAACAUGUUUGUUUGUUUCUUUCUAGAAUAAAAACGUUCUCAUCUGUUUCCAAUGUUCUUUUGCAUGGUCUACAUCUGUAUGUUUUCUUUUUGUUGUCAACACCACUGUGAGAUUAGUGUCCAGAGAGAGAAUGUGAUUGAAGAUAUUUUCUGUAAUUUAAAGCUCCUUUGCAGCUUGGGUCGCACUAGCAUACAGAUUUAAAUUUACAGAGAUUCAUAUUAUUUUGA